AGCGGAGCACUGCAUUGUUCCCCCAUCAUCUGCCUUUGGACUGCCAUCUUUAUGUCCUGCUACCAAAAUUACAGUAAUCUUUCUAAGCCUUGUCUUGUUUGUGGCAUGACGAGUAGGGCUUUGGUUUGAUUUGAGGUGUCUCCUACUUUCUGUUCCUCAGAAACUUGUCAAUUCCUCAAUGAAAUGGAUGCCCAUCUGGGCAGUGUUCUGCUUUCAAAACUGACCGGGGGGGCAAAUCAACGCCUAAAGGCAUCAUGUUAAAUUUGCAUUAGGGCUUUACCCAAAAACCCACCCUCAGAGAGAUUCCUGGUUUUGUUUAGCUGGAUUUUCUCUUGGAAUAAGGCUCAGCCUGAAGCACUUCUACAACUGAACCAGCUUCUGUUGCCUUUUUUUAGCAUGUUUGCCAAACUUUUGAUGGCAGGAAAGAUGGCUGAUUUUCAGGAAAAAAUGGAAGUGGCACAGGAAAAGGGGAAAUGACACAGGGAAGGAGAAGCUUUUCCUGGUGAGCCGGAUCAAAAGUACGUCAACUAGGAGUGAAGAAGGCACAUCUGACCAAGGCAGUUGUAGAAGGUGGAGUAACUGGAGUAUCAGAACUGAACAUUCUCCUCUACCAGCCAGGAACAUUCCAGGUUCCUUAGAUCUUUCAGAAGGACCAGUGGAUGGAAAGAAACCUUCUUCAAGGUUUUCACUGGAUUAUUUCCUCUUCCACUCUUUGUAAAUAGAGUGUUAGUUUAUUUUCUUGAGGUGGAAGAUGUGGACUGAUGUGCAGGAAUGUGGGAAUUGAGGUGCAGUGCUGUUGGACCUUUGGGGUUAAAUUGCUGGUGGAUUUGAGUUUUUUGGAUUUUUUAUUUUUAACAAAGGUGGACUUGCAGCGUUCAAACAUGGAGAUGAUGCCACGCAGUUGACACUUGGUCAUUCACUCUUUUUGGACCCUACUCUCUUUGACUGACUGUUGGCGACCGGUACGAUCAGCUGCAGUGGUUGUCAUGGAAGCCGGCGGUAACCAUGUCAGUGGGGCUGAAUGGACACCCGAAUGGCCCUUCCAGUCGUCCUCUUUCUACCAACCCUGUGGAUGUGCUGAUGGAGUGGGGAACUACGAUAUUGCGAACAACGUUAGCAUUCCUGGACCCCCAGACUCUAGAUCCCAGAAUUCCUUGCGGCAGAGCUGGGAAAUGAACUACCAGGAAGCAGCGAUAUAUCUGCAGGAAGGGGAGAAUAACGAUAAGUUUUAUACUCACCCUCGGAGCCCGCGGGCGCUGAGCGCUUACCUGUUUGCCCAUAAUCACCUGUUCUACCUGAUGGAGCUGCUGACCGCUGUUCUGCUCAUGCUUCUCUCUCUUUCUGAAGCCCCUGCAGUGCCCUCCCUCAGACUGGACGUCUACGUUCACGCCACUCUGGAGUUGCUGGCGCUGGUGAUGGUGGCCUUUGAGCUGUGUAUGAAACUCCGAUGGCUCGGCUUUCACACGUUCAUACGACACAAGAGAACCAUGGUCAAGACGUGUGUGUUGUUCAUCCAGUUCAUCGAAGCGAUCGUGGUCCUGGUGCGGCAGACGUCUCACCUGCGUGUGACUCGGGCUUUAAGACCAAUUUUCCUCGUAGACUGUCGCUACUGUGGAGCUGUACGCAGAAACCUGCGCCAGAUCUUCCAGUCACUCCCUCCUUUCAUAGAUAUUCUUCUUCUUCUGCUGUUCUUCAUGGUCAUCUUCGCCAUUCUCGGCUUCUGCCUGUUUUCAACCAAUCCAGCUGACCAUUAUUUUAACACGCUUGAAAACAGCAUUGUAAGUUUGUUUGUGCUGCUGACUACGGCAAAUUUUCCUGACGUCAUGAUGCCGGCGUACUCGCGGAAUCGCUGGUCAUGUGUGUUCUUCAUCGUUUAUCUCUCCAUCGAACUCUACUUCAUCAUGAACCUGCUUCUGGCUGUGGUCUUUGACACCUUUAACGGAGUGGAGAAGGUGAAGUUCAAAUCCCUUCUUUUGCACAAACGUUCUGCCAUUGAACACGCCUUCCAGCUGCUGGUUAGCCGUCAGAGGCCUGAUGGAGUCUCGCUAAAACAGUUUGAUGGUUUGCUACGUUUUUAUCGACCGCGAAUGAGCGCACGUGAUCGUUUCCUCACCUUUAAAGCCCUGAACCAGUCAGGAACCACCAUGCUCAGCCUCCAGGACUUUUAUAAGAUCUAUGAAGUGAUGGGCCUGAAAUGGAAGGCGCGGCGUAGUGGGGAACACUGGUUUGAUGAUCUUCCUCACACUGCCUUCCUCAUCUUCAAAGGGAUCAAUCUUGUGGUCAAGUCCAAAGCUUUUCAGUACGCGAUUUAUAUUGUUGUAGCGGUCAAUGGAGUCUGGAUUCUGGUGGAGACCAACAUGUUAAACAGUGACUUUUCCUGGUCUCAACAAGUACCGUGGAACUACAUCGUCUUCCUUACAAUUUAUGGCGUGGAGGUUCUGUUAAAGAUCACUGGUCUCGGCCCAGUCGCUUACUUCAGCUCCGGCUGGAACCUGUUUGAUUUCUCUGUGACCGUCUUUGCCUUUCUGGGAUUGAUUGCUCUGGCCUUCCAGAUGGAGCCUUUCUACUUCAUCGUGGUGCUGAGGCCUCUGCAGCUUCUUCGCUUGUUUAAAAUCAAGCAGCGUUACCGGAAUGUGCUGGACACCAUGUUUGAGCUGUUCCCACGCAUGGCCAGUCUGGGUUUGACUCUCAUUAUCUUUUACUACUCUUUCGCCAUCGUUGGAAUGGAGUUUUUUGCUGACGUCAUCUAUCCAAACUGCUGCAAUACAAGUACAGUUGCUGAUGCAUAUCGGCAAAUCAACAUAACCAUCGGCAACCGCACGGUCCUGGAGGAGGGGUACUACUAUCUCAACAACUUCAACAACAUUCUCAGUAGCUUUGUGACCCUGUUCGAGUUGACCGUCGUCAAUAACUGGUACAUUACUAUGGAAGGUGUGACAUCACAGACGACACAUUGGAGCCGGCUGUACUUCAUGACCUUCUACAUUGUCACCAUGGUUGUCAUGACGAUUAUCGUGGCCUUUAUCCUUGACGCCUUUGUGUUCCGGAUGAACUACAGUCGGAAGAACAGAGAACCGCUGGACGACCCGGAAGAUGAGAAGGGUAUCGUGUUUGAAGCGGAGGUCACUCGCGCUGAAGCUUUGCAGACGUUGGAACUUUACAAGCACUCGCUCGCUGGAACCAACAUCAGCUCUCUACAGGAAAUGUGUGUUGCCAUGGAGAGGAGCGGGCACUCUAGUUUAGUGUUCCAGGGCCGGAGGUCACGGACUAAAAGUGAUCUGAGCAUGAAGAUGUACGAAGAAGAGAUUCAGGAAUGGUAUGAAGAAUAUUCCAGAACAAAUCUACCUCAACUUGACAGUCCGCUCCACAGAGACCUGGACAGCCCUGACCCCUCGCAGAGCAUCAACUAA